AUGAAGAUUUCUGGGCAGGUGCAUCACAGUGUUGAAGGCGACCUUGGUCGUCUUGCUGAGCGAGGCUCUGUCUAUAGAGCGCAUACGACGCAUGAAGGCUUUGGCGAAAGCUUGAGGAUGGAGUACGGCUACGGGGAAGACAUUCAUCCUCUCUCCAGUUGGAAGCGCUCUCGCAUGGAAAACAACGCUGAUGUAGCUCUUGGAAAUACUAGGAUCGUCGUAGUAGAAACAGUUGCCUAUAGUGAAAGUCUUCCAUAA